UUGAAAAUGCAAGGGUUUGCACUUUGCACCGAAGAAUGUCAUCAAACGUAUCGAAUCAACUGAGAAUAUAGAUUCUAGUGUAAAUGUGUAGUGUAUGUAGCUAACAGAUCUUCCAGAACCUUUUUCUUUUUCUUUUUCUCUUUUCAAAUUUUUUUUUUUGUUGGUAAGUGGUAAUUUGUGAUUCCCCCGCACCCCCACCUCGUUUCUUUUUCUUCCCAGUAAUUUCCUCUGUAUUCUCUGGCGACCCAUUGCACGUUUGUGUUCUUCUUUGCAACAUAGCACAGACCUGUGUCUGCCGGACCAUUGUUUUCCCUCUUUACCAAAUCCCCUUUCUCUUUCUCUAACAGAACCAUGAAUUGUGUUGUAACUUCCUCUUCGUUCUUUAAAGUUGUAUCAAUUCUAUAUUGCAAAAGCUUUAACCAAUGGAGUUGAAAGGUUACCGAAUCCAAUAYCCACUUCUUUAAAUGCCCAAUUUCUUCGUAAAUUGCGAAGAGUUUCAGCUUCUGGGUUGUGAGAAUGCCGACUCCUGAAGUGUCCCAGUCCGACAUUGAUUUGGAGCAGGGGAAUCAUCGCCGGUCCGUCAGCGGUAGUGACGUGAGCGCCGAUUGUAGCGUCUACUUCUCCGACGCCGACGAGGGUUCGUGCUAUUCUCAGUUCUUUUCGACCAACGGUGGUUCCUACGAUGAGUAUAGGUUUGCUUUCGUCGCUCAGCCGGAGGUUGGGGUCGUUUCGGAUUCCCGGCGAGUUUCAUCGGUUUCCGAUCGUUCGGUGGAGGUUGAGAAUGAAAAUGGGAUUACUGAAAUUAAGGUGCAUUUGGCUAAAGUAGAGAGAGAUUGCAGGAUUUGUCAUUUGGGUUUGGAGAGUAAUAGCCAGGAGUCUGGAAUCCCAAUCGAAUUGGGCUGUUCAUGCAAGGAUGAUUUGGCUGCUGCUCACAAGCAUUGUGCUGAAACCUGGUUUAAAAUCAGAGGAAAUAAGACGUGUGAGAUAUGUCAUUCCAUUGCACGAAACAUUCUCGGACCACAUGAGGUUGAGUUGACAGAGCAAUCUACUGAAUCCAACAACGCGUCCUCGACAGCUGCAGUUGCUGCAUCAAUUCCUUCAUCAGACAGCCAAAGCUUCUGGCGUGGCCACCGGUUUCUGAAUUUUCUUCUUGCUUGGAAAUCCGACCAACGAGCUUGCAGAUUUUGCUGCUGCAAAAGACUCCAGAGAGUUGCCUACAGAGUGUCCAUAACUUCAUAUCAAUUAUCAUCUCACACACAUGUACCUAUCCCAACAUUCCCCUCAAAAAGUAUUUCCCCUUCACUUCCAGUUCCAUUCCAUUCAAUUCCAAGUUAURUAGGAAUUCAGUUCAGUCAAGAACAUUGAUGAUUCUGAGUAUUCCAAUGAGUAAUAGUAUUAUGUUUCUUUAUUCUUA